AUGGCGGAUUCCAAAAGCGAAUCGAUGAGAUCGGCAGCUGAAGAACUUUCAAGAGAGUUCAAAACCUUAGUUGAUUCCCAGGAUUUGGAGUCUCUCCGCCAAUCACAGAACCUCAUAUUGGGGAGAUUGCAAGAUAGCAAUGCAGUAUUGUCCCAUUUCAAUGAGUAUUCAGAAAAUUGCUUUGCAGAGGUGUCUCCGGAUUUUGCCAAGCACACGCGCCUCUUGAAGUCCAUGAAAUCUGACCUUGAUUACAUCUUCCUGAAGCUCAGGACCCUAAAGGGAAAGAUCAUGGCAACCUAUCCAGAUGCUUUUCCUGAUAAUUCAACGAUCAAGACCCUUGAUCAACGACCAGACCUCGAGUUGCCUAGACCGCUGGCCGGCGGAUCUAUCGAUCCUCCGCCGCUUAUCUACGCCGCUCGCCGCCCUGAAUCGUUUCCUUAG